GCGGCCCCGGCCGGAGGAGACAGAUCAACCAGUCACUCGAUGGGGAGCAACGGCGGACCACCUUUUUGUGUCACCUUCCCACUUCUCUGUAGCAAGAAAAAUCACUUCAGCACCUCUUCAAUAAUAAUGAUGAAACUGGUAUUAACUGAAUGGCAAUUAUGGAUUUUUAACUCUAAUUCACAGUAAACCAGCAAGCCAUAUGUUUAAAAUCCAACCAAAAAUCAUUCUGUUCUGCUGCGUGUCUCACCCGAUUGUGAGAAGUGGAGAGAUCUCUGUUUGUACAAAGAGGGAUAUAAGCAUCACUUGCCGGAGGAACACAACUGAAGCAGAAGGAGAAGGUGUCCUAAUUUAUCCUUGAAGAUAUAUGAUAGCAUUAUUUAUAUAGAUAGAGAAAAUAUAUAUAUAUUAACAAAUAUAUAUAUAUAUAUAUAUACACACACACACAUAUAUAUAUAUAUUUUUGGUGGUAAUGAAAAUGGCUCCGCAAAAUGCCGACUCAGAAUCUAUGCAAGUUCAAGACUUACCUGUGCCCCUGCCAGACCUGCAGAAGCCCGGAGGUGAGGACACCCACUACGAGACCAUCAGCGAGGGGUCCAUAGACCGGAUCCCUGUGCGCCUGUGGGUGAUGCACGGGGCCGUGAUGUUCGGCAGGGAGUUCUGUUACGCCAUGGAGACGGCGCUGGUCACUCCCAUCCUGUUGCAGAUUGGCCUUCCGGAGCAGUACUACAGCCUCACCUGGUUCCUGAGCCCCGUCCUCGGCCUCUUCUUCACGCCCAUCAUCGGCUCCGCCAGCGACCGCUGCACCCUGAGCUGGGGCCGCCGGCGGCCUUUCAUCCUGGUCCUGUGCAUCGGCGUGCUCUUGGGCGUGGCGCUCUUCCUGAACGGCUCUGCCAUCGGUCUGUCCCUCGGCGAUGUCCCCAGCCGGCAGCCCAUUGGCAUCGUCCUCACUGUGCUGGGGGUGGUCAUCCUGGAUUUCAGCGCUGAUGCGACCGAGGGCCCCAUCCGUGCCUACCUGCUGGAUGUGGUGGACAGUGAGGAGCAGGACAUGGCCCUCAACAUCCACGCCUUCUCUGCCGGCCUCGGCGGGGCCAUCGGCUAUGUGCUGGGGGGGCUGGACUGGACCCAGACCUUCUUGGGCGACUGGUUCCGGACGCAGAACCAGGUGCUUUUCUUCUUCGCGGCCAUCAUCUUUGUGGUGUCGGUGGCCCUGCACCUGUUCAGCAUCGAGGAAGAGCAGUACAGCCCCCCGCAAGAGCGGGGUGGGGAGGCGGCCGGCACCCUGCCCCCCGCCGCCCCCGUGAAUGUUCUGGAUGGAGGCGUCGCCUUGUUCCCGGAGGAGGUGCAGUCCGAGCACGAGCUCUCCCUGGACUUCCUGGGUGUGGACAUGGUGCGGAGCAAGAGCGACUCUGUGUUGCACGUGCCGGACGCCGCCCUGGACCUGGAACCCGAGCUGCCCUUCCUGCCCGACAUCGAGCCCUCCAUCUUCCACGACGGCUCCUACCCCAGCACCCCCCGCAGCAGCAGCCAGGAGCUUCCCUGGACCAGGCUGUACCGCCUGGCCUCCGUGCUCAGGGAAACCGCAAAGGAGGAUGCGACGCUGCUCGAUAAUCACUUGAACGAAGCCAAAGUCCCCAAUGGGAGUGGCUCUCCCCCGAAGGACAGCCUCGGGGGCUACACCAGGGUGGCCCCGAAACCCACGGCCACGUCCGGCUCCAUGAAGCGGCGGAGGCACAUGUUCCACCGGCAGGCCUCCAGCACCUUCUCCUACUACGGCAAGAUCGGGUCCAACUGCUACCGCUACCGAAGGGCCAACGCCGUGGUCCUCAUCAAGCCCUCGCGCAGCAUGAGCGACCUAUACGACCUGCAGAAGCAGCAGCGGCAGCGGUGCCGGCACCGGAACCAGAGCGGGGCCACCACCUCCAGCGGGGACACGGAGAGCGAGGAGGGGGAGGGCGAGACCACCGUGCGGCUGCUCUGGCUGUCCAUGCUCAAGAUGCCCAAGGAGCUGACGCGGCUGUGCCUCUGCCACCUGCUCACCUGGUUCUCCGUCAUCGCCGAGGCCGUCUUCUACACCGACUUCAUGGGCCAGGUCAUCUUCGAAGGGGACCCCAAGGCCCCCUCCAACUCGACCGCCUGGCAGGCCUACAACGCCGGCGUGAAGUUGGGGUGCUGGGGCCUGGUGAUUUACGCGGCCACCGGCGCGAUCUGCUCAGCCCUGUUACAGAAGUACUUGGACAACUACGACCUGAGCAUCAGGGUCAUCUACGUGCUGGGGACGCUGGGUUUCUCCAUCGGCACGGCCGUGAUGGCCAUGUUUGCUGACGUCUACGUCGCCAUGAUCAUGAUCAGCACCAUGGGCAUCGUCUCCAUGAGCAUCUCCUACUGCCCCUACGCCCUGCUCGGGCAGUACCACGACAUCAAGGAGUACGUCCACCACAGCCCCGGGAGCUCCAAGCGUGGCUUUGGCAUAGACUGUGCCAUCCUCUCCUGCCAGGUGUACAUCUCCCAGAUCCUGGUGGCGUCCGCCCUCGGGGGUGUGGUCGAUGCCGUCGGGACCGUGCGCGUCAUCCCCAUGGUGGCCUCCGUGGGCUCUUUCUUGGGCUUCCUGACGGCCACGUUCCUGGUGAUCUACCCAGACGUGUCGAUAGAGGUCAAGGAAGAGCAGAGAGGCCUGUCUUCCCAGCCUUCGGGGGAGAGCGGGGGCGGCGGCGAGAAGCCCACCGUCCUGAGGCUGACCAGGAAGGAGGGCCAGCCGAGGAAGGUGGAGACGGAGUCGAUGGUCUGAGCCUCACCCCUGCGCGCGCACAUUCCAGGGGGGGUGGCGGGCGGGGCGCUCGCUCGAGCCAGAGUUCCUUCUCGAGACGGGUGGAGACGCGGUAGCUGUAGGGUAGGGUCGGGCCGCUAGGCAAAAACACCACGUUAAUUACUUUGUCCACGAUUAAAGAAAAUCAUCUGAAAUCUUUUUUUUUUUUUUUUAAUUGAAAGAGAUCUUGUAAUUUCACCUCUUUCAUUCUGCAGGUAUAUUAUUCUGCAUGUUUUUAAAUUAUAAACCAGAUUUACAAUAGCGACAAGCAGUUUAGACAAAAAUAA